AUUUUCAGACACGCCCAUAAACAAAUAUGGCGGUCAGGAGGUUGUUGAGUUUAUGGUCUGUCAAUGGCUCCAGGUUGACAGGACUAAGAGUAGCCUAUGUCUCAACUGAUCCUAAACCAGCGACUAGCCUUGUGAAGAAGGAGAGAGAGGAUAUAGAAAGAAUGCCCGCGGAUAAAAUACCCACCCUCCAGUCAGUGUCUGGUCUGCCUGAUGAUGAAGUCGGUCGGUUGGUUAGGAUAUACCGACGAUCAAAGAAUGCCAUGCAGUCUGGGACCAACAACACUCACCAAUGGACGAUGGAGUUUGACAACCAGGAGAGAUGGGAGAACCCACUCAUGGGAUGGACUUCAACUGGUGAUCCUAAUUCUAAUGUGAUACUUAAUUUUGAUUCCAAAGAGCAAGCUAUUGCAUUCGCCGUUCAGAGCGGUUUCAAGUAUCAGGUGACGAAAGAACAGCUUCCGAUAACGAGACGAAAAUCUUACGGAGAUAAUUUUUCAUGGGACAAAAGAACAAGAGUUGGAUCAAAAUGAAGCGAUUAAUAACUAAAUUUAAUAACUACUUAAUAACCUUUAUUAAUAACUAGCAGAACAAAUGAUAAGUUAUUUAUAGUUACAAGUUAUUUUUAGUAACAGUUUA